AUGUUUCGGACAGCGGCAACGAAGAUUGCGCACAACUCUACACUACCUGCUCUGGCGGGUAAUAAGGAUCUGAAGCCGCUUCAAGAACUGAUUACGUCGGAGAAGUCUGUUUUACAGUCACUCCAGAAACUCAGCAAUGAUUUGGCAAAGGCUAGCGAAUGCCUCCGCCACUGGGGGAUGGGAGAAGGCGAUGAUCUCCAAGACGUCCUU